GAACUGUAUGGAAGUAAAUAUUCAUAUCCAUAAAAAAAUGGAGCAUAUCAUUUCGCUUCCAUAUUACGCCAAAACUCAACAGUAAUCGAGGAUUCUAUUCCUUUCCCCAGCGCGAGAAAUCGGAUUUUGAACUUUCUGAUUUGUUUAUUCUUUGUGGGGUUUUAUUAUUGAUUAUACAGUAAAAGUGGUCUGUGUGUAACCACAAGCAACAGAUUUGUCAGAUUAGGGUUCUUAUUAUAAACAGAUUAUCAGAGUCCAGUGCUUUGUUGUGAAUCAGAUAAAAAAAAUUAUUCAUUCAGAGAUCGCUUAACGAUUUGUUUAUGAAUUCAGUACCAAAUCCAUCAUUACACAUAAUUCGAACUUGACAGCUGGAAAUGGAGGAUAAAGUUGUGUCGAAAUUCGAAGACGAUGAAGAUGAAUUUCGAAGUUGUUGUUCAGAUGAGGAGAAACUUGAAGAAAUUGCGGAUUUGGAGUCGAAAAAUGGUGAUUACGAGCUUGAUGAAUUUUCGGUUCGAAUGUUCUUCAAGGGUGUAUCGAUUUCAGAGCCAGGAAAUGAAUUGGGUGUUUCUGGAAUUGGAGUGAUCAUGGAACGACCUAACAAGGUUCCUUCGAUUCAGGUUCAGAAAAGACUUGAAUUCUUUGUUGUUGAAGAAGUAGCUGAAUAUUUAGCUUUGAUGGAUGGUCUAUCUGAGGCAAUUCAGCAUAACAUCAAAAGGGUAUAUGCAUUUACCGAUUCCCAGAACUUAUUUGAUCAGAUUACAAAUGAUUCUACCCUCAAGAAUCCACUUCUCAUGGCAUUGAAGCAAAAAAUACUUGAACAUGUUGAAAAUCUUGAACAUUUUGUUCUAAAACAUGUUCAUGAUGUCAAUCUCAAGUACCCUUUGCAUCUAGCAAAAGUGGCAAUCGGGAUUGUACAUGAUACCAAAGAUGAUCAAACGGUUGAAAAUUGUGUACUUUGUUGUGAAGAUAAACCAACACCCAUGAUGAUCACAUUGAAAUGUUCACAUAAAUUCUGUUCUUGUUGUAUUAAAUCACAUGUUGAUGAAAAAGUUCGGUCAUUUGAGGUUCCCAUUAGGUGCCCAAUCCCGAACUGUAGGAAUUACAUUUCUACCCUUGAAUGCAAAGUGUUUCUUCCCGUUGCCUUGUACACAUUGUUAGAGGAGAUGGACGUAAGUGAAUGUGCAAUAUGGGGUGAAGAGGAAGAGGAAGAAGAAGAAGAAGAAGAAGAAGAAGAAGAAAAUGACGAAAAUACCCUCACCCCAACUACUCGUUCCAACCCUUCACAGCAGUUUGAGGAAUGGGCAUGGGAGUCUUUUGGUUCACUUUCAAACAUGACAGAUGCUUAUUCUGAUCAAGAAAGAUCACAACUUGCAUUGAUUCAAAGAUUUCUUGCAGGUGGUGGUUUUAGCCUUGGUGACCACCACGAACCUCCAUCUUCGCCGCCAGAUGAUGGUGGCUCGUAUCUUGAUAACACUAUCAAGGACCUUGACCAGCUGCCUUGGCUUGAGAGAUUUGUUUCUGUUAUAAGUGAUGAUUGUUAUAAUGAAUACACUCGGUGAAGCCUGUUUCUUUUUCAUGCAUUUGACUUUGUUGAAAAAAGUCAAAGGUGAAUGUAUGAUCGUAAAUUUUCUUGUCGGGUGUUUGUUUCGUUUGGGAAAAUAUAGAAGACAUGGACAAUGAGAAACUAAAAAAAUGAAG